AUGUCCCCUCUCCCGAGGGCCGAGGGCCGCAGGCCUGUGCUGUAUGCCACCAAGUCUGUGAUCAAUCCUCCUGAAACCAGCACCCCACCCCCUACCCCUGCUCUGUCCUGCUCCUCCCAUUCUGGGAAGGCCACACUCUUCUCGACAAAGGUGGCUCCGCGCGGCCCGCGGCCUGGGAAGGGGGCGGCGGCCCGUCAGGCGCACGGUGCUGGGGACCCAGGCCCCGGGCGGGUACCCGCGGGCAGCGGGACAGCGGCCGCCAGCCCAGCCGGUUCCGUAGGCUGCUCGUUCGGCGGGAAGGUCUAUGCCUUGGACGAGACGUGGCACCCGGACCUGGGGGAGCCCUUCGGGGUCAUGCGCUGCGUGCUGUGUGCCUGCGAGGCGCCUGAGCACCGCAGCUAUAGCGACCCGGGGGAGCCGGGCUCUGACGAGCGGGCGCGCAGCGAUGGCCACACCGACUUCGUGGCGCUGCUGACCGGACCAAGGUCGCAGGCGGUGGCCCGGGCCCGAGUCUCUCUGCUGCGCUCCAGCCUGCGCUUCUCCAUCUCCUACCAGAGGUUGGACCGCCCUGCCAGGGUUCGCUUCUCAGACUCAACUGGCAGCAUCCUGUUCGAACACCCUGCAGCCCCGACCCAGGAAGGCCUGGUCUGUGGGGUGUGGCGGGGAGUGCCCCGCUUGUCCCUGCGGCUCCUUCGGUCAGAGCAGCUGCAUGUGGCACUCCUGACACCAGCUCACCCCUCCGGGGAGGUCUGGGGGCCCCUCAUCAGGCACCGGGCCCUAGCUGCAGAGACCUUCAGUGCCAUCCUGACCCUGGAAGACCCUCCACAGCAGGGCGUGGGGGCCAUCACCCUGCUCACGCUCAGUGACACGGAGAACUCCUUGCAUUUUUUGCUGCUCUUCCGCGGGCUGCUGGAAGCCAGGAGUGGGGGGCCAGUCCAGGUCCCCUUGCAGCUCCAGAUUCUACACCAGGGGCAGCUCCUUCGAGAGCUCCAGGCCAACGCCUCAAGUCAGGAGCCAGGCUUUGCAGAGGUGCUGCCCAACCUGACAGACCAGGAGAUGAGCUGGCUGGUUCUGGGGGAGCUGCAGAUGGUGCUGGAGAGGGCAGGUGGGCCAGGACCGCGCAUCAGUGGACACAUCACUGCCAGGCAGAGCUGCGACGUCCUACAGAGUGUUCUUUGUGGGGCUGAUGCCCUGAUGCCAGUCCAGACAGGGGCUGCUGGCUCAGCCAGCCUCACACUACAGGCAAAUGGCUCGCUGAUCUACCAGGUCCAAGUGGUAGGGCUAGGCAGUGAGGUGGUGGCCAUGACCCUGGAGACCAAGCCUCAGCGGAGGAACCAGCGCACCGUGCUGUGCCAGAUGGCUGGACUCCCUCCUGGAGGACGCAUGGCCGUGGGUAUCUGCCCUGCACUGGGUGCCCGAGGGGCUCAUAUGCUGCUGCAGAAUGAACUCUUCCUGAAUGUGGGCACCAAGGACUUCCCAGAGGGGGAGCUGCGGGGGCACGUGGCUGCCCUGCCUUACAGUGGGCAUAGCGCCCGCCUCAAUGCGCCGCCUGUGCCCCUCGCAGGAGCCUUGGUGCUGCCCCCUGUGAGGAGCCAGGCCGCAGGGCAUGCCUGGCUCUCCCUCGACACCCACUGUCACCUGCACUACGAGGUGCUGCUGGCUGGGCUUGGUGGCUCAGAACAGGGCACUGUCGCUGCCCACCUUCUUGGGCCUCCUGGGAUGCCAGGACCCCGGCGACUACUGAAGGGAUUCUACGGCCCAGAGGCCCAAGGUGUGGUGAAAGACCUGGAGCCUGAGCUGCUGCAGCACCUGGCAAAGGGCACCGCCUCCCUGCUGAUCACCACCAAGGGGAGCCCCCGUGGGGAGCUGCGAGGGCAGGUGCACGUCGCCAAUGCUUGUGAGGUGGGCGGUCUGCGCCUGGCUGCGGCGGGGGCCGAGGGCAUGUGGGCGCCGGGAACCCCCGAUGUGGCCCCCCAGCCUGCGCUGCCCGCUGCGCCCGGCCCGGAGGCUCCAGCUCCCGUCAGACCAGGACGCCCCCGGGACGGGAACUCAUGCUUCUUUGAGGGGCAGCAGCGUCCCCACGGGGCUCGCUGGGCACCUAAUUAUGACCCACUCUGCUCACUCUGCGCCUGCCAGAGACGCACUGUGAUUUGUGACCCCGUGGUGUGCCCACCGCUCCACUGCCCACGCCCAGUGCAGGUGCCAGACCAGUGCUGCCCUGUGUGCCCAGAGAAGCAGGAUGUCAGAGACCGGGGGCUGCCCAGGAGCCGCGACCCAGGAGAGGGAUGCUAUUUUGAUGGUGACCGGAGCUGGCGGGCGGCGGGGACCCGAUGGCACCCCGUGGUGCCCCCCUUUGGUUUAAUUAAGUGUGCUGUCUGCACCUGCAAGGGGGGCACCGGAGAGGUGCACUGUGAGAAGGUGCAGUGUCCCCGGCUGGCCUGUGCCCAGCCUGUGCGAGCCAACCCCACUGACUGCUGCAAACAGUGUCCAGUGGGGUCAGGGGCCCGCCCCCAGCAGGGCGACCCCAUGCAGGCUGAUGGGCCCCGGGGCUGCCGUUUUGCGGGCCAGUGGUUUCCAGAGAGCCAGAGCUGGCACCCGUUGGUGCCCCCCUUUGGGGAGAUGAGCUGUAUAACCUGCAGAUGUGGGGCCGGGGUGCCGCACUGUGAGCGGGAUGACUGCUCACCCCCGCUGUCCUGUGGCGCAGAGAAGGAGAGCCCGUGCUGCUCCCGCUGCACAUCCCGGAGGCCCCCCCUAGAGGCCAGGACUGCUCCGGAGCUGGAGAGAGAAGCUGAAGGCUCGUAGGGCGGUGUGCACAGAAGGCAGCCAGACCAAGAGGACGGGGCGGGGGGGCCUGGGCUGGGGAAGGGGCAGCGCUGAGGACCCUCAUCCUCCUGUGGGAAACCCAGUGCCUUCGGCUCCUCUUCUCUGCCCUUCUCCCUCCCCCACUACCUCUGGGAGCCGCAAGUCCACAAGGGGGAGGACGAGCCCCUUGGGGCCAGACCAAGGCCAUUUCCACUCCCACUCCUACCCAGUCACCCUGCCAUUCUCGUCCUCAGGCCGGCCCUCCCAUGUCUGCCCUGGAAGCCCAGCCCCUUGCCCCAUAAUGCCACUGGCUUGUUGGAUUUUUAAUUUAUCCUCACUCAGCAUCAAGGGUCCCCCUACUCCACUCCUGCUGCCCGAGCUGAGCAGAGUCACUAUUGGAGAUUUUUGUAUUUAUUAAAACAGUGUUUUUUUUUUU